UUGUCUUGCUCUUCCGUCAAUAUGACGUCUCACCUUCAGCUUAGUUGCCCAGCCAUUUUCUGUGCAUCAGCGCCCAGCAGCUCUUCCUCUCUACCCCUCUUUCGUCCUUGAAGAAUUAAAAAGGGUUACUUUUCCGGGUAUGCUUUUACCAUCACUCAUCGAUCAGAAGCCCUCAGUAUUAUGGCGCCAAACAAAAAGGGAAAAAGUCUAUCUAAUACCUGGUUAAAAAGCUUGGCACAGCCCACUACUUCUCGCUGCGAUAUGGAUACUAAUGAAGGUAUACAUGCGUUGUUCACUAGCCUCAAACGAUACUUGGCUUCAGGCCAAUUCGCAGACCUUACCAUUCGAGUAGCCGACGAGGAAUUCAAGGUUCAUAAAGUAGUUGUCUGUGGGCAAUCCGAGUUUUUUUCUCGCAUGUUCAGCAGUGAUUGGAAGGAAAACGUCAAUAAUGAAGUUAAAUUGGGGGAGGUUGACCCUAGUGCUGUUGAGGCAAUGAUCCAUUUUAUGUAUGGCAUUGACUAUGACAGCAGCGGCAGUGGCCGCGGUCGCGUGUCUCCUGUAUUCUUCAAUACCCAGGUCUACGCGCUUGCAGAGGAGUAUGAGGUUCAGAAGUUGAAACAGCUAGCCAAAGAGAAGUUCGCAACUUCAGUCCGUGCCUGUUGGGAUAUGGAUGAUUUUCCUCCAGUGAUUGUGGAAGUCUACAACACCACACCUUCCGCAGAUCGAGGCCUUCGAGAUGUAAUAGUCAACACUUGCGUUGAGCAUAUUGAGCCCCUCUUACUCAAGGAGGCCUUUCUAGACGUGCUGGAAAGCUGCAACCACUUUGCGGCAGACAUCGCGAGACAGCUAGCGUUAAAACCGGGAAAGCCGUCAAACUACCGAUGUUCACAGUGCGGCUACGCGUGAGAAGGGAAGCUUUCUUCUUAGACGAAUUACUAUUGCAUGCAUUGCGGGUCCGGCCGCUCCAAUUGGCAUGACUUUGUUGUGAAAUAAGCGGGGAGUAUCGGUCUUUAAAAUUGUGACCUUGUCUUGGGUGAUAAUGGGUGGAGUAGCAGCUUUUGAAUUAUCUUAAACCGACUGCUUGGAUAAAGUUAGCAACUGCUGAGCAAUCAGUUUUAUUCAAGCGGAGUUUUGGCUGAAUUAUUCCAUGAUUCCAUAGGUAUUGAGUUCCUGAGCUCAGCGAGGAUACUGAUACUCUCUUGUUCUUAGGACUGGACAGAAGA